AUGCCAUUUAAAUCAAGUCCAACAUCUGAUUUAGAUCAGAUAGCCCUUAAACUUACUCAUAGAAUUAAAUCCAAUUCCCCUACGUUCCAACAGUUAUUCAAUAUACUUAUGGACUUGUUGAAGUUAUUUGACAACCAAAUUGAUAUUUUGAAUUUGAGAGGAUAUUGUGAUUAUGAAGUGGCGUAUGUCACAUAUAACACAUGUAUUCAGGUCGUGGAGUUGAUUAAAUCAAAGACUACUCCCAGUACCAUGGAUAUUUUGACAGGACUACAGCUUCAGACACGAAAGAGAGUGAGCACGUUUAAAACUAUUAUUAGCCAUUUCAAAAAAUCUGAUACCAAGGAAGAAGAUCCUUUAGUCAAUAGAUUUAAAUCAAUAAGUGGAGAAACAUCUCAACCAAAUCAUAUUCAAGAUCAAGUGUUUCGAGAGUGGAUAACUGCAACUGAACUACAACAUGAAUUAACGAAAAGAAGAGUAUUACUAAUAGAUUAUAGACCCCAAAAGGACUAUUUGAACAACCACAUAAAAUUCAAUGAUUUGGUACAUAUUGAACCUAAAAUAGUUGAAUCAUUAGCGGAUACUGCAACCGAUGAAGAAUUGGAGAAGUUAUUAAAAUCAUCAGUACUCCACGAACAAUACAAAAAAUUCUUGGAUAGACGCAAAUACGAUUUGGUAGUGAUAUACAAUUAUAACUUUGGAUCGGAAUCAAGUGAUAGAUUUUCUGGUAUAUUGGAAAUAAUAGGAAAAACUAAUCCCUUUAACAAGCUCGUCAAGAUUCUCAUGAAUAAUAAAUAUAUCAGUUCACGAUUGAAAGUAUGUCCCCUGUUUCUUUCGGGAGGAGUCUUGAAUUGGUAUAAAGUCUUUGGAGAUAAAUAUUUGGAAAGAACAAUAGUACAAAAUGGGGUUGACAAAGCUUCUGAAAGUCAAUAUUUAACAUCAUUCAGUGAUUAUGUAUCUAGCGCCACUAAAGAAUCACCUCCUCAACCACACCAGAAAUUGCAAAAUGGAGACUACGUAAAACCAUCGCAUAGAAAAGUGAAUCAAUUUGAUCCUGUCCCAGUUAAGAGUGUAUCAAGUAUAUUUGCAUCUCCUAAGGUUGAUGUGAAAUCAACACCAAGUUCCUCGGUUGUAUCAAUCCCUCUUCCAUCCACCCCUAUAGUAACCACACCAACUACUUUGCCUGAUGUUCCCGAAAAGAAAUCGUCUAGUCCUAUUAACAAAGAAGUUACUAUUUCCUCAAAGAAAUCACAAUUUCUUGAACUGUAUACCACUGGCUUAGUUAAUUUAGGAAAUUCUUGUUACAUGAACUGUGUUGUUCAAUGCCUAGCUGCAACACCUCAACUUACUUCAUUCUUUUUCCCGACAAUCACAGAAUCCUUUUCUGAUCAUUCUUACAGACAACAUAUAAAUGUAAGCAACAAAUUGGGUACAAAGGGUCAAUUAACUACAAGUUUUGUUGAAUUAAUCUUGAAUAUGCUUAAUAACAACGAAAGGUCAUUUAGCCCUUCCAAGUUUAAAAAGAUUAUGGGCUCCUUAUCUCCCUCGCAGCAGUUUCUUACUUAUGAUCAACAAGAUUGUAUCGAAUUUUUAAAUUUUCUUUUAGAUGCACUUCAUGAAGAUCUUAACAAUGUUACAAUUACGGACCCUCAAGAACGUAAAAUGAUUACAGAUUUAAGUCCAGAACAGGAAAAGAGUAGGGAGAUAUUACCAGUUAGAUUAGCAUCAACAAUAGAAUGGGAAAGAUAUCUCAAAUUAAAUUUUUCAGUGAUUGUUGAUUAUUUCCAAGGACAGCAUUUAUCACAGUUGAAAUGUUUAGAAUGUGGAUUCACUUCAACUACUUAUAAUUCAUUUUCAAUUCUUUCAUUACCUAUUCCUCAAAAGUUAAACAACGCGGGCAAAGUUCUGUUAAAUGAGUGUCUUCAGGAAUUUGUAACUACAGAAUUGUUAGAUGAUAAUAACAAAUGGUAUUGCCCAAGAUGUAAGAGAUUUACAAAACUGACAAAGAAAAUCGCCAUAACCAGAUUACCACAGGUGCUAAUAGUGAAUUUCAAUAGAUUUAAAAUGACAAGCACUGGUGGGUUUAAUAAAUUGGAGACAUUUGUCACCUACCCGGUUAAUGAAGUCUUGGACAUGACGCCAUAUUGGCCAGAUGUUGGAUCAAAAAUUAAUGAAAAUAGCACUAUGUCUAUUGAAAAGGAACAAGAACUAUUAAAAUCUUUCCCUGUGAGAAACCAGACACCUCCAUUCAAGUAUAAGCUAUUUGGUGUUGCAAACCAUUUUGGUAAUUUGACAACAGGUCAUUAUACUGCUUAUGUUUAUAAACAUAGUGAUUCUAAAAAGAAACGAAACUGGUGUUACUUUGACGAUUCCAAAAUCACCUUCAAUGUUUCACCAUCUCAAGUGGUCAAUAAAAAUGCCUACUGUUUAUUCUUCCAAAGAGUAUAG